CUUGCGCAAACACUCCCAAACAGGAAGACUGUACCUGUUAGCCUGCGGUGGCAGAGAGCUGUCAGAUGUGCCGGUAAAGACCAGAAGAGAAGAAGAAGUGAACAAUAUAAGCACUGGGACCACACACUGAAGCACAAGGAAUACUGUGGAUAAUAAAAGUGGAACCCAAACACCUGUAGACCAAACCAUCAGGAAACAGAGAGUCCUGACUCUCUAUCCAUUCUCUUCCACCCGUGGGAGACUGAAUCACAACCGCAGUACCUGGGAUAGUACUUUUUAACUGAUCCUUCAGCUAUGUUCAGCAAAAACAGUCUUCCCUCACCCAGCCUGGAGGACUCCUUCUUUCCUCUCUCUCCCUCCUCCUCGAUGUCUCUCUCCUUUGGUCGCCCCUCAUCCACAUCCUCCCCUGGAAGCACUGACAGUGGAGGAGGCAUAGAGACUGACCUGAUUCUAGCUGCGGAGCUGGGACGGGCUUUACUGGAGAAGAAUGAGGAGCUGGCAGCCUCUCUGGAGCAGAGGGAAAGGGAGCUGGAGGCUUUACAGCAGGAGAAGCACGUUCUUCAGAGGAAGCUGGAGAUGAAUGAACUGGCAUUUGGACAGAGGGAGGCGGAGCUAACUGCUGAUUUAACAACCCUGCGGGCUGAGGUGGAGAAACAUCAGAGUCAAGGGCGUGACCGGCGAAAAGAUGAAAGCGAGCAGAUGACUCAGUUAGCCAACCAUAACCAGAGACUGGUUGAGCAGCUGGCAGAGGCUGUGACACUGGAGCAUUCCUUGAGGACUGAACUGCGUACCAUCAGAGAAGAAAUGGAAGAAUCAUCUUUUAGCCGAAACAUCAGCUUCACACAGUUAGAAAACAUACAAGCAGAGAACAGAGUUUUGCAAGAGCGGCAGUCACACAUGGAGACACAACUAAAAGCUUCAGAGGAAGACAACCAAAGACUUCGCAUGGAGCGAGAGAGCUUGAGAGACAGACUGUCGGAAAUGCAGAUGAAACUCAAAGAGAAAGAAGCAGAGGUAGAGCAGGAGCAGGGAAUGGUGUUUGAGUUGCGCACCUUGAAUCGCUCUCUACAGCAAAAAGCUCUGAACCUGGAUGAUGACAGUAUCCUGGACAGGACACAAGCAGAACCUUUGUCUCUGCUGAGUGAAAUUCAGCAGUCACAGGCUAAAGAGGCUCUUCUAGCUCACUCCACAGUGCUGCAAGCGAGAGAUGAAGAAAUACAGGCACUGAAAGAAGAGCUUGAAGGUCAGAGAGAAGAACUCGAGUCUCUGAGGGAGGAAAUUCAGCUGUGCGGCCGCAGUUCAGGAAAGCCAAGCUACAGGUCCUUAGAAAGUGAACUGGUCACGGUGCGUCAAGAGAAAGAAUCACUAACUCAGCAGCUUCUCAACACCAUCAAGCAGAAGGUGGCGAUGUCUCAAGAGCUGGAGGCCUGGCAGGAGGACAUGCGGGUGGUGAUAAAUCAACAGGUUCAGCAAAGGGAGGAGGAGAGGAAGAAAGAGAGCGAGCGAGAAAAAGGUGCUACGGGACUCCAAAGAAGCAAGUCUUUGAGAAUGAAGGGAGAAGGAGCGAGAGGAUUCCUCUCUUUUUUCAAGGAUAUAUAAGAGCAAGAAGACUCCCAGGUUUAAAUGGACAGUAUCAGCAUUUAUCUUUGCCACUCUGUCUUUUGUGGCCAGAUAAUGGACACUAAUGCCAUAUUAGCAACAAGUGACUUGUUUACAUACCUAUAUUUGUAUAUAUGUAUAUACAAUGUAUUAUUAAUUUCAUACUUUAUAUUAAAAAAAAGUCUCAACUGAGUUUUGGAUAUGUUAUAA